GUUGGUCAGCCGAGAGAUAACAGUGACUCUCACCCAACGAGCGCGAACAGAGUCGAGUUAGAAGCCCACAAGCUCAAGAAGAACGGGAAGCAAUGGCUGCUCUGACUGCGCUAAUUAUCGGAGCGACUGGAGCGACGGGAAAGCAUCUCCUUCAAGAACUUUUGGCCUCGCCACAGUACUCGAGCGUGUCUGAGUACGGCAGACGUGUCAGCGCACCCGAGCAGAUUACGACCGGGAGGGAGAAACUCGAACAAAAGACGAUCGACUUCGAACGACUCGAAACGGCCGGGCUGAAGGAUAAGAAGUGGGAUGUGGUGUUCAUAACCCUUGGUACCACCCGAAAGAUAGCUGGAAGUCAGGCCGCAUUCGAAAGAAUCGACAGAGAGUAUGUUGUGAAUGCAGCUCGAGCUGCGAAAUCGGACGAUCCAAACCAUCAGCAACGGCUCAUCUAUGUCUCUGCACCUUCAGCGAAUCCUAGCUCGUACUCGCUCUAUCUGAGAAGCAAGGGCUUGACCGAGAUCGGUCUCGCUGAGCUCGGUUAUAAUGACACUAUUGUUUUCCGGCCAGCCAUGCUUGGGGAAGGAAACCGACCGGACAGUAGGCCUCUCGAAAUCACAGCGGUUUACCUUGCGAAGGCAGUAUCCAAGGUUUUAUCAAGUGUCUACAUGCCGAUCCCUACACUCGCGAAGGCCCUGCGCAUUGCAGGCGAAACUGGCUCCGCUGGUCUGCCCCCGGAUACAGUCCAGAACGCGGGUGACGGAAAGGUGCAGUACAGCUUGAUUAGCAACAAGGGCAUCUUGGACAUCGCCAAUGUUUCGCAUUGAACGAGCGCAUAUAUGUUGUAUAAUAAGACUCAUCGAAAAGGACACUAUCGGGAUGGCGCUUGA